AUGUUACUGUCAUCUUUUGGUUUCAGAAACAAGGUGCACAUAGUGAAGGCCGGCCUGCUGAAGAAGCUGCCGAAGCUCAUAGACCUGUCAACAAGCCACGACCUCGCGCUCCUCCUCCUCUCCGUCUCCUCGCUGGCCAACACCGACUUCCCGCUCUCCACGGCCGACCUCCUCCCGUUCCUCGUCGCCACGCUCACCGCCACCGACGUCCCGGCCGACACGAGGCUGGCGUGCCUGGCCGCGCUCCGCAACCUCUCCGCCAAGCUCGAGCACGUCCGGGCCGUGGUCACCAGCGGCGCCGUGCGCGCGCUCCUGGCGCCCUCCCUGCUGGAGCGUACCGAGGCGAUAGCGGAGGCGGCGCUGGGCGUCCUGGCAGACGUGGCGGCGGCGAGCGCGGCGGGGAGGCGGGAGAUGGCGGAGGACGAGGAGGCGCCGAGGGCGCUGGUGGAGGCCAUGGCGCGGCACGAGAGCGCGGGGUGCCAGGAGCACGCGACGUACCUGGCCAUGGCGCUCGCGCACGGCGGCGGCGGCGGUGGCGGCCGGGCGCUGCUGCGGCGGAUGCGCCAGCUCGGCGCCGUGCAGGCGCUCCUCGAGGUGUCGCUGCUCGGGAGCCCCCUCGCGCGGAGCAGGGCGGCCAAGAUCCUGCAGUGGUUCAAGGACGACGGGCAGGACCGGAUCAGGGCGCACUCCGGCCCGCGCAUGGAAGCCGCGGCGCCAACGCCGUGCCAUGGCAACGACGGGACGAAGGCAUGCCGGAGCGCCGUGGACAGGAUAGUGAAACAGAGCCUGGACAUGAACAUGAGGUCCAUCAUGCGGCGAGCCACGGCGUCCGUGGACAUGACCAACGCUAAGCAGCUGGUGGCCAGCUCCAGCUCCAAGAGCUUGCCUUGCUGA